UGUACAAGAACAAGAACAAAACAUCGCUUGUCGUUUUUCGUGCACGCCGUAGAGAAAUUUUGAAAUACGUACGUACUUUACUAUUAUUAAAUUUAAUAUUUACUCUUAACUCACAAUAUGGAUGAUGGAGAUUAUGAUAAUGAUGAUGUCGGUGGUGAUGAAUUCGAUGAUGUUGACGAGGAGGACAACAUUGAUGAUAUUAAUCAGGAAGAGGAGGCCGAUAAUAUAGAAAUUAUAGCGCAAGGAAGUGCAGGGGGUGGUGUACCUAAGUCAAAACGUAUUACCACAAAAUACAUGACGAAAUACGAACGCGCGCGUGUAUUGGGUACGCGUGCGCUACAAAUUGCUAUGUGUGCACCUAUAAUGGUGGAAUUGGAAGGUGAAACUGAUCCGCUACAGAUCGCAAUGAAAGAAUUGAAGCAGAAAAAAAUACCAAUUAUCAUAAGACGAUUCCUGCCAGAUCACUCAUAUGAGGAUUGGAGCAUAGAUGAAUUAAUUAUAGUGGAUCAUUAAGUUGUAAUUUUAAAGCGUAGAUUUUAUUAAAAAUAUUUUUUUGAAAAUU